AUGCCCUCCCAAGACACAACCGCGCUCCCCGCGCAUCUCGACCCGAAAACUUACCCACGCACGCACCACGAUCCAAAGCAAAACAUCCACUUAACCCUAACCUACACCCCUCUGGACGCAAACACCUAUUUAUCACAAACCUCCUCGCCCGCCGCCGGCGCCAAUGUCCUAUUCCUCGGCACGACGCGGGAUACCUUUGAAGGACGCUCGGUCUCUCAGCUCAGUUACACGGCAUACCCGCCUCUUGCGCUGAAGACACUAGCGGGGAUUGCCGAGGCGGCGGUUAAAACGCAUAAGCUUGAGGGCGUGAGUAUUGCGCACAGAUUGGGGAUUGUGCCCAUUGGAGAAGCUUCUAUUGCUAUUGCUGUUAGUGCGGGACAUCGGGGGGCGGCGUGGAGGGCGGGCGAGGAGGUGCUUGAGGCUUGUAAGGAGAAGGCGGAAAUCUGGAAGAGAGAGGAAUUUGUUGAUGGGGGAAUGGAGUGGAGGGCUAAUGCGGAUCGGGAUGCUGAGGGGAGAAUUUUGGGGAAGGAGAUUUAG